GAACGUUCUCUAAAUCUGGUACAACCCCUUCUGGAAAAUCCACCGUUUUUUUUUUUUUAAUUUAUCGGUGAAGAAGGGGGUUCGUGCUACACAGAGAAAGGGACUAUGGGAGCUUGUGGGUCGAGGCCCAAAGUCAGGGAAGAGAGCCGAUCGGGGUUGUCUAAGAAGAAUAAUCGCGGGCGAAGAAGAAUUCUCCGCCGACGGGUUUUGUCCCACAAGAUCGACGCCGUCCAUUCCUUUGGCAAUACAAAGCUAUCCCAAACAAAUUCUGCUUUACAAAUUUCCCGUCGCGCUUCAGAUGCAGCUUGGUUUGAUUCUACUUCUGCCUUGGAUUCUGAAUGCGACGACGAAUUUUAUAGCGUCUACGACGAUGGGUUGUCCGAAAUCGCAUCCAGACCAAGCGACUGUUCUCCUAGAGCCGGGGACAUAGCUGAAAGCAAACAAGCAUCAGUAUUUUCUGACCAACAACAGAAGCUGAGAGUUCACUCUCAUAAUUAUGGUCGAAGCAGUUCCUUUUUGAAGAGUGCUAAAACUUCCGUGCAGCCAAAAGAUUCUGGAUUGAGACCGGAGGGUGUUCAAGCUGAGGCAACCUCUGUCUCAGCGGGGGAGCUUUCUAUCAGUCAUGCAGAUGGAAUUGGAGAGGACAAAAAACUAACUCCAGAUAAUUGUGGGCUUCUUCCUAACACCUGCCUUCCAUGUCUCUCAUCUACUGCUCUCUCUCUUGAGAAAAGGAGGCCAACCAGCCCAGAAACACCAAAUUCACGCAGAAAGUCGCUUUCAAAACUUUCCUUCAAAUGGAGGGAAAGUUACGCUGAUAUGACGUUAUAUUCUCCAAAGGCACUCAAACAAAAACCUUUAGCAGGUUCAAAUAUUCCAUUUUGCUCAAUAGAUAAGCAAACGAUUGGUUCUUGGUCACCUAUUGAGCCAUGUUCCUUCAAAGUCAGAGGAAAAAACUACUUUAGGGAUAAGAAGAAAGAAUUUGCUCCAAGCAGUGCUGCUUUCUAUCCUAUAGGUGCUGACGUCUUCUUGUCUCAGCGCAAAAUUGAUCAUAUUGCUCGUUUUGUACAACUUCCAGCAAUAAAUAUGGCUGGAGAUGUCCCUUCUAUUCUAGUAGUAAAUGUUCAGAUACCAUUAUAUCCUGCCACUAUCUUCCAAAGUGAUAGUGAUGGAGAAGGAAUGAACGUGGUUUUGUAUUUUAAAGCCUCUGAAAAAUAUUCUAAAGAACUUCCAGAACAAUUCCGAGAACACAUUAGUAAAUUGAUCAAUGAUGAGGUGGAGAGAGUUAAAGGCUUCCCUCUAGAUACAAUCGCAUCCUUUAGGGAGAGAUUAAAAAUUUUGGGUCGAGUGGCAAAUGUGGAGAACCUUACUUUAAGCACAACUGAAAAGACGCUUAUGAAUGCUUACAAUGAAAAACCUGUUCUCUCACGACCUCAGCAUGAAUUUUUCCUGGGAGAAAACUACUUUGAGAUUGAUUUGGACGUGCACAGAUUCAAUUACAUUGCUAGAAAAGGAGUUGAAGGCUUCAUAGAAAGGUUGAAGCAUUGUAUCUUAGAUUUUGGCCUAACAAUUCAGGGGAACAAGGCAGAAGACUUGCCAGAGCAUAUAUUAUGCGCUAUUCGUCUAAAUAAAGUUGACCACACCAAUUUCAACCAGAUUGGUUUUUGAGUCACCUCGUGUUAGAUUCUUAGUUUUUCAAUCUGUAUGCACGUAAAAAAGAGUCUUAACCUCAGUAAGUUUCAGAGUGAUCCUAUUCCUACCUUCUGCAGCUUUUCUGCCCAGGUAACUGUUGUAUUGUAUCAUUGAAUUCAUUGAAUGUACAUUAAUGAGAAUAAUAAAAUGUGAUUCCAGGUA